UUGUGCUUUGCUGUUGUUUUUUACUUUCGUUCUUUUACCGUAUAUGUAAAAUAGUAAAAUGUCAUACAAGUAUGAAUAAAAUAGAACAUUCCAGGUUAUAUUUAGCUCAAAGGCUAAAGUCAACUCUACAGGCAAUCAACUAUAUACUGAUCGGUCAGACAUCCGUAAUUUACGUGCAGACAUCGAAGGGAGAAACGGUGGCCCAGAGCAUUCUCCAUCUUUGCAAUUAGCUUAGCCACCAUUUCUGGUUAAAGGAGGCGAUCGAACAAGUAUAUUUGCAACCCAGUUGGAGGAAGACCCUAGGCUGGUGGUGACCUUUGAGUGCCACGGCUGUUUGUUCAUCACAUGCAAAUGCAUUCUCAUUGAAUUUCAAGAGACUCAGAAGACUAGCGCUAGUAGCGCACACGGAAUCAGUCUCUCCUUGCUCUAUAUAUUCCGCCAAAAUUUUAGUGAGAAAGCGUUUGUUAUCUCCAACAAUGGCUUCUUCUUCUUCUUGCGCUAACCAGAACUUGGCGACGCUAAUCUCACUGACUGUGAUUCUGCUAAUCUCACCCGCGUAUUCCCAGAGCUGCUCCUCCCAGUCCUUCGCCAACAAAAUGCUCUACACCCAAUGCGCCGACCUCCCAACCCUCAGCUCUACCCUCCACUGGUACUACGACUCCGCCAACUCCACUCUCGCCAUCGCCUUCAUCGCGCCGCCGGCCAAGCCCGCCGGAUGGACUUCCUGGGCCAUCAACCCCACCGGCACCGGCAUGGCCGGGGCCCAAACGCUCCUCGCCUACAAAACCUCCUCCGGCGCCAUGGCCGUCAAGACCUUCAACAUCAGCUCCUACAGCUCCAUCGUACCCGGAAAGCUCGCCUUCGACGUCUGGGACACGGCCGCUGAGUCCUCCGGCGGGGUCUUCCGGUUGUUUGCCAAGGUGAAGGUGAAGACUGGGCAGGUGAACCACGUCUGGCAGGUGGGGCCGUCCGUCAUAGAUGGGUUUCCGGCGAAGCAUGCUUUUGAUGCACCCAAUCUUCAGGCUAAGGGGACUCUCACCUUGACCGGAACUAAUGCCGGUGUCACCGGGGCCGGAGCCGAUCCCAAGUUGAAGGACAGGAAUAUUCAUGGAAUUCUGAAUGCUGUGAGUUGGGGGUUUUUGUUUCCACUGGGGAUUAUUAUAGCAAGGUACAUCAGGACUUUUCCGUCUGCGGAUCCUGCAUGGUUUUAUCUCCAUAUAUCCUGCCAAAUAUCUGCUUAUGCCAUCGGUGUCGCCGGCUGGGCCACCGGACUGAAGCUUGGAAGGGGUGAAUACACUACCCACCGCAACAUCGGAAUUACCCUCUUCACCUUUGCAACUGUGCAGAUGUUUGCAUUGUUCUUGAGACCUGGUAAGGAUCACAAGUACAGGCUCUACUGGAACAUCUACCACCACAGCGUUGGAUAUGCGAUUCUAGUGCUUGGCAUUGUGAAUAUUUUCAAAGGCUUAGACAUACUAAAUCCUACUAACCAUUGGAAAACCGCUUACAUAAUUGCCAUCUGUGUGUUGGGUGGGAUCGCCGUAGUCUUGGAAAUAUUGACUUGGAUUGUUGUACUAAACAGAAGGUCAAGUAAGUCCACCAAGCCAUAUGAUGGAUAGAGUCAACAGUCGACAAGGGUGAUCGAGGUCUCCCAUUGCAGAUAUACUGAUCUUGUAAUAUCCUUGUGGCCUCGCUUUGUUCAUUAUCCCUUCGAUUUUCUUCCGUCUCUUGCUUGUAUAACAGAUUUAUUUAUUUAGGAUUCAUAUAUAUUUAGUAUAUACCUAUAUUACAAUAUGUUCAA